AUGCCAUUUCAUUUUCUUUUUUUUAAUAACUGCGUUGUUGCAAAUAAAUCAAGUAUUUGUCAUGGGAUUUCAAUUUUACGAAUCCUUUCUUUCUUUCUUUCUUUCUUUCUUUCUUUCUUUCUAAUCAUUUUCUUUCUUUGCAUGCAUGAUCAAGUUUUUACUAAAAGGAAACAAUUUUUGUUUUUUUAUUUUUCCUUCUUUUGUAUUUAUUUCUUUGUGUCAAUUGUUUCUUUUCUGUUCUUUUAUUUAUCACUUCUUCAUUCCCUUCUUGUUUAUUUUUCACUUUAUUUUUUCCUUUUCUCUUUCUUUCUCAUUGCAGUGUUGUUUCUUUCUUUCUUUUUCAUAACAUAUUUCUAUUUAUUUAUUAUCUUUUUCUUUCGUUUUCUUUCUUUCUUUCCCUCUCCUUCCUUUCUAGCUUUCUUUUCCCUUUCUUUCUUUCUUUCUUUCUUUCUUUCUUUAUUUAUUUAUUUUCCACUCCUUUCUUUUCGCCUUCCAUUCUUUUCUUUUUCUUUCUUUCUUUCUUUCUCGAUUUAUCUUUUGAAUUACUUUUUAUUGAACACAUACACAAGUUUGACGUGCUUCUUUGUUUUCGUCUCUUUUAUUCAUUUUCCUUUUCUUUCUUUCUUUCUUUCUUUCUUUCUUUCUUUCUUUCUUUUCAUCUUCUUAUUUUCUUUCAUUCUUUUCCUCUCAUUUCUUUCCUUUUUUUAUUAUUCAAAGCACAUUUCUAUUUAUUUAUUUUAUUUUCCUUUUCUUUCUUUAUUUUUUCUUUCUUUCUUUCUUUCCAUUAUUUUCUUUUUCUUUCGUUAUUUUCUUUUCUUUAUUUCUUUCUUUCUUUACUUCCUGACGUGUUUCUUUCUUUCUUUCUUUCUUUCUUUCUUUCUUUCUUUCUUUCCCUUAUUUUCCUUUUCUUUCUGUAGUUUCCUUUCGUUUUUUUUGUCUUUCCAUUAUUUUCCUUUUCUUUCUGUCUUUUCCUUUCUUUUUCUUUCUGUCUUUCUUUCUUUCUUUCUUUCUUUAUUUCUUUUUCUUUCUUUACUUGUCAUUUUGAUUACUUUUUCCGAACACAUAAACAAGCCUGACGUGUUUCUUUCUUUCUUUCUUUCUUUCUUUCUUUCUUUCUUUCUUUCUUUCUUUCCCUUAUUUUCCUUUUCUUUCUGUUUUUUCCUUUCUUUUUCUUUCUGUCUGUCUUUCUUUCAUUUUUUAUUUGUCAUUUUGAUUUCUUUUUUUCCGUACUUUUAUUUUCCUUUUAAACAAAGCCUUUCGUUUUCUUUCUUUCUUUCUUUCUUUCUUUUUUUCAUUUUUCUUUUCUUUUCUUUUUUCUUUCUUUCCUUAUUUUUCCUUUUCUUUCUGUUUUUUCCUUUCUUUUUCUUUCUGUCUGUCUUUCUUUCUUUCUUUACUUGUCAUUUUGAUUACUUUUUCCGUACACAUAAACAAGCCAGACGUGUUUCUUUCUUUCUUUCUUUCUUUCUUUCUUUCUUUCUUUCUUUCCCUUUUCUUUCUGUUUUUUCCUUUCUUUUUCUUUCUGUCUGUCUUUCUUUCUUUCUUUACUUCUUGACGUGUUUCUUUCUUUCUUUCUUUCUUUCUUUCUUUCUUUCUUUCUUUCCCUUAUUUUCCUUUUCUUUCUGUUUUUUCCUUUCUUUUUCUUUCUGUCUGUCUUUCUUUCUUUCUUUACUUGUCAUUUUGAUUACUUUUUCCGUACACAUAAACAAGCCUGACGUGUUUCUUUCUUUUUCUUUCUUUCUUUCUUUCUUUCUUUCUUUCUUUCUUUCUUUCUUUCUUUCUUUCUUUCCCUUAUUUUCCUUUUCUUUCUGUUUUUUCCUUUCUUUUUCUUUCUGUCUGUCUUUCUUUCUUUCUUUACUUGUCAUUUUGAUUACUUUUUUGUCGUACAUAAACAAACCCUGGCAUUUUUCUUUUUUCUUUCUUUCUUUCUUUCUUUCUUUCUUUCUUUCUUUCUUUCCCUUAUUUUCCUUUUCUUUCUGUUUUUUCCUUUCUUUUUCUUUCUGUCUUUCUUUCUUUCUUUCUUUACUUGUCAUUUUGAUUACUUUUUCCGUACACAUAAACAAGCCUGACGUGUUUCUUUCUUUCUUUCUUUCUUUCUUUCUUUCUUUCUUUCUUUCUUUCUUUCCCUUAUUUUCCUUUUCUUUCUGUAGUUUCCUUUCGUUUUUUUUGUCUUUCCAUUAUUUUCCUUUUCUUUCUGUCUUUUCCUUUCUUUUUCUUUCUGUCUUUCUUUCUUUCUUUCUUUCUUUAUUUCUUUUUCUUUCUUUACUUGUCAUUUUGAUUACUUUUUCCGAACACAUAAACAAGCCUGACGUGUUUCUUUCUUUCUUUCUUUCUUUCUUUCUUUCUUUCUUUUUUCUUUCUUUCCUUUAUUUUCCUUUUCUUUCUGUUUUUUCCUUUCUUUUUCUUUUCUGUCUGUCUUUUCUUUCUUUUCUUGUCAUUUUGAUUACUUUUUCCGUACACAUUCUUUUGACGUGUUUCUUUUUCUUUCUUUCUUUUCUUUCUUUCCUUUUAUUUUCCUUUUCUUUCUGUUUUUUCCUUUCUUUUUCUUUUUCUGUCUUUCUGUCUUUCUUUCUUUCUUUACUUGUCAUUUUGAUUACUUUUUCCGUACACAUAAACAAGCCUGACGUGUUUCUUUCUUUCUUUUUCUUUCUUUCUUUCUUUCUUUCUUUCUUUCUUUCUUUCUUUCCCUUAUUUUCCCUUUUCUUUCUCCUGACGUGUUUUCUUUCUUUCUUUCUUUCUUUUUCUUUCUUUUUUCUUUCUUUCUUUUCUUUCUUUCUUUCUUUCUUUAUUUUCCCUUUUCUUUUCUGUUUUUUCCUUUUUUCUUUCUGUCUGUCUUUCUUUCUUUCUUUACUUGUCAUUUUGAUUACUUUUUUCCGUACACAUAAACAAGCCCUGACGUGUUUUCUUUCUUUCUUUUUCUUUCUUUCUUUCUUUUCUUUUUCUUUCUUUCUUUUUUUUCUUUCCUUAUUUUCCUUUUCUUUCUGUUUUUCCUUUCUUUUUUCUUUUUGUCUGUCUUUCUUUCUUUCUUUUACUUACGUGUUUCUUUUUUUUUCUUUCUUUCUUUCUUUCUUUUUUCUUUCUUUCUUUCUUUCCCCUUAUUUUCCUUUUUCUUUCUGUUCUUUUUUUUUUCUUUUUUUCUUUCUGUCUGUCUUUCUUUCUUUUUUUUCCUUUUUUUUUCCUUUUCUUUCUUUCUGUUUUUUCCUUUCUUUUUCUUUCUGUCUUUCUUUCUUUCUUUCUUUACUUGUCAUUUUGAUUACUUUUUCCGUACACAUAAACAAGCCUGACGUGUUUCUUUCUUUCUUUCUUUCUUUCUUUCUUUCUUUCUUUCUUUCUUUCUUUCUUUCUUUCCCUUAUUUUCCUUUUCUUUCUGUUUUUUCCUUUCUUUUUCUUUCUGUCUGUCUUUCUUUCUUUCUUUACUUCCUGACGUGUUUCUUUCUUUCUUUCUUUCUUUCUUUCUUUCUUUCUUUCUUUCUUUCUUUCCCUUAUUUUCCUUUUCUUUCUGUUUUUUCCUUUCUUUUUCUUUCUGUCUCCCUGACGUGUUUUCUUUUUUCUUUCUUUCUUUCUUUUUCCUUAUUUUCCUUUUUCUUUUUUUUUCCUUUCUUUUCUUUCUGUCUUUCUUUCUUUCUUUCUUUUACUUGUCAUUUUGAUUACUUUUUCCGUACACAUAAACAAGCCCUGACGUGUUUCUUUUCUUUCUUUCUUUCUUUCUUUCUUUCUUUUCUUUCUUUCUUUCUUUCCCUUAUUUUCCUUUUCUUUUUUUUUUUCCUUUCUUUUCUUUUUCUGUCUUUCUUUCUUUCUUCCUUCCAUUUUGAUUUACUUCUUUUCCGAACACUUGUCAUUUUGAUUACUUUUUUCUUUCUUUACACAUUCUUUCUUUCUUUCUUUCUUUCUUUCCUUAUUUUCUUUCCUUCUUUCUUUCUUUCUUUCUUUCAUUUUCUUUUUUUUUCUUUCCCUUUAUUUUCCCUUUUCUUUCUGUUUUUUUCCUUUUAUUUUUCUGUUUUUUCUCUUUUCUUUCUUUCUUUCUUUACUUGUCAUUUUGAUUACUUUUUCCGUACACAUAAACAAGCCUGA